UAAAAAAAAAAAAAAAAUAAAAAAUAAUAUAUUUUGGGCCAGUUUUCCUUUGAUAGAAAAAAAAAAUUAAGGGGAUAUCUAUUACCAUUUACCACCAAAUGAAAACCCAAUUUGUUCUGAAAAAAACAAGGUAUAAUCCACCUGGAUGUACAAAGUAGUUGUGAUGAUAUGUACGGUUUUACUAACACAUGUCAAAGUUGUAAAAUUUUACUUAGGCUUUAAGAUUUGUUGUACCCUUAGGAGUGAAUGGUUUAAGAAGUUUAUC